GGUUCGUCUUCAAUGUUGACGUGUGUGGUUGGCAGGGCGAUAAUCGAUACUCGGAUUUCGCGCGCCGUAGAUUGGAGCACCAGGACAAUUUCUCAAGCGAUUGCAAUUAGUGAAGGAUGGUGCCUCAGCAUCACCACAAGUCGAAUCAUCGCAACUCAUGCGACAAUGGCUGCAGGUCUUUGCUAGGCGAAGAGCUGCUUUAAGCACUGCUUCUGCCCAACAAUGGUCAUCUUACAAUAAUCUUCGUUCGACACGGACGUUUGCAACCUCACCUUUUCGAACUGCGCCAGUCUCUGCUCCCAGCGAACUUGAAAACCGCAUUGCAGCAAUACCGAUUGACCGUUACCGCAAUUUUUGCAUAGUUGCUCAUGUUGACCAUGGCAAAAGCACACUCAGUGACCGCCUCCUGGAGUUGACGGGGACUAUUGAACCGGGCGCGAACAAGCAGGUGCUAGACAAGCUGGAUGUGGAAAGAGAACGCGGCAUUACAGUAAAAGCGCAAACAUGUUCGAUGAUAUACAACCACAAGGGGGAGGACUAUCUUCUUCAUCUUGUCGACACUCCUGGCCAUGUGGACUUCAGAGCCGAGGUCGCACGUAGCUACGCAAGCUGUGGUGGCGCCCUGCUGCUGGUCGAUGCAAGUCAGGGCAUUCAGGCACAGACGGUCGCCAAUUUCUACCUGGCUUUUGCGCAAGGCUUAUCGUUGGUUCCCAUAAUCAACAAGGUGGACUUACCUCAUGCCGAUGCGCCACGAGCUUUGGAACAAAUGCACGAUACCUUCGAGUUAGAUCCUGAAAAGGCUGUGUUGGUGUCUGCAAAGACCGGGUUAAAUGUCGAAAGCGUCCUACCGGCUGUCAUUGAGGAAAUACCUCCACCCGUUGGUGACAGCAAGAAACCUCUCAGGUUAUACCUGGUUGAUUCAUGGUAUUCGAGCUAUAAAGGUGUGAUCCUGUUGGUACGACUUUUCGAUGGUGAACUUCGAGCUGGCGACCAGAUUGUCUCUUUCGCGACAGGUCUGAAGUAUACUGUGGGAGAAGUGGGCAUCAUGUACCCGGACCAAACCCCCCAGAAAGUGCUCCGUGCUGGGCAGGUAGGGUAUGUCUACUUCAAUCCUUCCAUGAGGAAGAGCAGCGAAGCUAAGAUCGGUGAUACCUAUACCAAAGUGGGUCUCCAGCGACAGGUCCAACCGAUGCCAGGAUUUGAGGAACCAAAGCCUAUGGUUUUUGUCGCCGCAUUUCCAGUCGACCAGAGCGAAUUUGAGAAUCUCGAGGACAGCAUCAAUCAACUCUUACUCAAUGACCGCAGCGUCACGGUGCAGAAGGAAUCCUCACAGGCACUCGGCGCAGGCUUUCGCCUGGGAUUUUUAGGUACUUUGCACUGUUCGGUUUUUGAAGACCGCCUACGCCAGGAACAUGGCACAAGCAUCAUUAUAACUCCACCUACUGUACCCUUCAAGGUACUUUGGAAGAAUGGCAGAGAGGAUGUCAUUGCCAAUCCAGCUGAAUUUCCGGACAGUGAAGAAGCGCGCCGGAACGUGGUGGAGCUGCGGGAACCUUACGUUACGACGACGCUGACAUUUCCUGACGAGUAUCUCGGCAGGGUCAUGGAACUAUGUGAGGGUAAUCGCGGUGAACAGAAGUCCAUGGAGUAUUUCACCGCCUCACAAGUUAUCCUCAAAUACGAGAUGCCUCUAGCUCAACUUGUUGACGAUUUCUUUGGCAAAUUGAAAUCAAGUACAAAGGGUUAUGCCUCACUGGACUAUGAGGAGGCUGACUGGCGGGUGAGCAACAUUGUCAAACUCCAGUUGCUGGUGAACAAGGAACCGGUGGACGCAGUGUCCAGGGUCCUACACCAGUCUCAAGUACGUCAAGUGGGCAAACAAUGGGUCGAAAAGUUCAAAGAACACGUUGACAGGCAAAUGUUCGAGAUUGUCAUUCAAGCUGCUGUGGGCAAGCAGAUCAUCGCCAGAGAGACAAUCAAGCCUUUUCGAAAAGACGUUCUUGCGAAAUUGCACGCCGCUGAUAUUACCAGGCGGAAGAAAUUGUUGGAAAAACAGAAAGAAGGGCGGAAAAAGCUCAAAGCAGUUGGCAAUGUUGUCAUUGACCACAGUGCAUUCCAGGCUUUCCUGGCGAAGUGAGGUAAUUACCACCCCUUCCAGCAGAAAACCUGAUAUAGUGUAC